CGUACCUGAAAGUAAUGAUCAUAUGGAACAUAGUUUACAUACCCCUGGUGAUCCUUUCACUGUCCCUGAUUCAAGGAGUGGCUUCUCAAGAUCUCUCCUGCAAAGGACGUUGCUUUGAAGUCUAUCAAAGAGGAAGAGAGUGCGACUGUGACAUAGACUGUAAACGAUAUGGAAAAUGCUGCCCAGACUACGAAGAACACUGUAAAGAAUUACACACAGAAAAGCCAGUGCCCAAGACUCCUCCCCUAAAUAAAUCGACGUCCAAAAGGUCAUCUACAGAUGAGCAAAAGAAGCCAGAGGAAGAUACUGGCACUGUGACCAGUCCUCCCCCAACAACUCCCAAAGAUGAAGAGACAACGGCUGAACUCACGGAAUCACCAACAACACCCAAACCUGAAGACACAACCCCAGAAGCCACUGAGGCACCAACAACACCCGAAGAAGAAGAGACAACACCUGAAGCCACUGAGGCACCAACAACCCCCAGAGAAGAGACAACCCCUGAGGCCACUGAGGCACCAAUAACACCCAAAGAGGAAGACACAACCCCUGAAGCUACUGAGGCACCAACAACACCCAAAGAUGAAGAGACAACACCUGAAGCCACUGAGGCACCAACAACACCCAAAGAUGAAGAGACAACCCCUGAAGUCACGGAAGCACCAACAACACCCAAACCUGAAGACACAACCCCUGAAGCCACUGAGGCACCAACAACACCCAAACUUGAAGACACAACGCCUGAAGCCACUGAGGCACCAACAACCCCCAAAGAAGAAAAGACAACACCUGAAGCCACAGAGGCACCAACAACAUCUAAAGCUGAAGACACAACCCCUGAAGCCACUGAGGCACCAACUGCUCCGAAAGAUGAAGAGACAACGCCCGAACUCACGGAAGCACCAACAACACCAAAAGCUGAAGACACAACACCUGAAGCCACUGAGGCACCAACAACCCCCAAAGAAGAAGAGACAACCCCUGACGCCACUGAGGCACCAACAACACCCAAAGAGAAAGAGACAACGCCUGAACUCAUGGAAGCACCAACAACACCCAAAGAUGAAGACACAACGCCCGAACUCAUGGAAGCACCAACAACACCCAAAGAUGAAGACACAACCCCAGAAGCCACUGAGGCACCAACAACCCCCAAAGAAGAAGAGACAACCCCUGAGGCCACUGAAGCACCAACAACACCCAAAGAGGAAGACACAACACCUGAAGCCACUGAGGCACCAACAACACCCAAACCUGAAGACACAACCCCAGAAGCCACUGAGGCACCAACAACACCCGAAGAAGAAGAGACAACACCUGAAGCCACUGAGGCACCAACAACCCCCAGAGAAGAGACAACCCCUGAGGCCACUGAGGCACCAAUAACACCCAAAGAGGAAGACACAACCCCUGAAGCUACUGAGGCACCAACAACACCCAAAGAUGAAGAGACAACACCUGAAGCCACUGAGGCACCAACAACACCCAAAGAUGAAGAGACAACCCCUGAAGUCACGGAAGCACCAACAACACCCAAACCUGAAGACACAACCCCUGAAGCCACUGAGGCACCAACAACUCCAAAAGAAGAAGAGACAACACCUGAAGCCACUGAGGCUCCAACUGCUCCAAAAGAUGAAGAGACAACUCCUGAAGCCACAGAGGCACCAACAACACCCGAAGAAGAAGAGACAACACCGGAAGCCACUGAGGCACCAACAACACCCAAACCUGAAGAGACAACGCCUGAAGUCACUGAGGCACCAACAACACCCAAAGAAGAAGAGACAAUGCCUGAAGCCACUGAUGCUCAAACAACUCCAAAAGAUGAAGCGACAACCCCUGAAGUCACGGAAGCACCACCAACACCCAAACCUGAAGAGACAACCCCUGAUGCCACUGAGGCCCCAACAAAUCCAAAAGAUGAAGAGACCACGCCCGAACUCACGGAAGCACCAACAACACCAAAAGCUGAAGAAACAAACGCUGAGGUCACUGAGGCACCAACAACACCCAAAGAUGAAGAGACAAUACCUGAAGCCACUGAGGCCCCAACAACUCCAAAAGAUGAAGAGACAACGCCCGAACUCACGGAAGCACCAACAACACCUAAACCUGAAGACACAACCCCAGAAGCCACUGAGGCACCAACAACACCUAAACCUGAAGACACAACCCCUGAAGCCACUGAGGAUGCACCAACAACCCCCAAAGAAGAAGAGACAACCCCUGACGCCACUGAGGCACCAACAACACCCAAAGAGGAAUACACAACAUCUGAAGCCACUGAGGCACCAACAACCCCCAAAGAUGAAAAGACAACACCUGAAGCCAAUGAGACACCAAGAUCCAAAGAAGAGACAACCCCUGAAGUCACAGAAGCACCAACAACACCAAAAGAAGAAGACACAACCCCUGAGGCCACUGAGGCACCAACAACUCCAAAAGAUGAAGAGACAAUACCUGAAGCCACUGAGGCCCCAACAACUCCAAAAGAUGAAGAGACAACGCCCGAACUCAUGGAAGCACCAACAACACCUAAACCUGAAGACACAACCCCAGAAGACACUGAGGCACCAACAACACCCAAACCUGAAGACACAACCCCUGAAGCCACUGAGGCACCAACAACACCCAAAGAUGAAGAGACAAUCCCUGAAGCCACUGAGGAUGCACCAACAACCCCCAAAGAAGAAGACACAACCCCUGAAGCUACUGAGGCACCAACAACACCCAAAGAGGAAGACACAACAUCUGAAGCCACUGAGGCACCAACAUCCAAAGAAGAGAUGACCCCUGAAGUCACAGAAGCACCAACAACCCCAAAAGAUGAAGAGAUGACCUCUGAAGUCACUGAGGCACCAACAACACCCAAGUCUGAGGACACAACCUUGGAAACCACUGAGGCACCAACAGUCCCCAAAGUCAAAGAGAUGACCUCUGAAGCAAUGGAGGUCACAACAACCCCCAUAGUGGAAGAGACAACCCCUGAAGGCACUGAGGCACCAACAACCCCCAAAGUCACGGAGACAACCCUUGCAGCCACAGAGUUCCCAACAACCUCAAAAGCUGAUGACACAACCCCUGAUGCCCUUGAGGAACCAACAACCCCCAAAGCUGAAGACACAAACCCUGCAGCCACAGUGGCUGUGACUACUCCAAAAGCUGAAGAGACAACCCCUGCACGCACAGAAGCUCCAGCAACUAUGAACGUCAAAGAGACAACCCCUGCAGCCACUGUGGCCUCAACGACUCCCAAGGCCAAAGAGGCAACCCCCAGAGCCAAAGAGACUACAACCCCUGAAGUUGCAGAGACAACCCCUGUUGCCACAAAGGUACUGACAACCUCCAAAACCAAGGAGUCAAUCCCUGAGGCAACAGAUCCUCCAACGACCCCUAAAAUGAAAGGAACAACCCCUAAAGGCACAGAGAGACCAAUAGCACCUAAAUCUGAACAGAAAAUCCCUGAAGCCACAGAAGCACCAACAACCCCUAAAGCUGAGGAGACAACCCCUAAAGCCACAGAAGCACCAACAACCAAGGUUGAUUCUCCCACCACUCCCAAAGCCGAGGAGAAAACUGCUAGUGCCACAAAGGUGUCAACAAUCCCCAAAGAGAAAGAAAUAAUGCCUAAGGUCACAGAUGCUCCAAUAUCCCUGUCUGACUCUCCCACCACUCCUGAAGUUGAACUUUCUACACCUGCACCCACAAAUGUUAAACAAGGCACAACUACUAUAUAUAGCAAACUAGUAAGUAUAACCGAUAAAAGUGACAGAACAACAACUAAACCUAUUAUGACCCCGGUAACCAUGGAGUCCUCAACUAAAAAAGGAACAACCACGGAGAAAAAGGAAGUAACAAUACCCAAGAAAGACAAAACUACUGUGCUUAAAGACAUGUUGAAAGGUAGAAGAACUACUGUAACUACUCUGGAUGCAACCCCUGCACCCAGUCAAGCUGUUAGUACAACAGCUGAAUUAGAAGCAACUACUACAUACAAAAAGGCUGCAACAGCAGCUACGGAAGGAGAAGCAACCCCAGCUACACAAGACAAAACUCCCACACCAAAAGAGACUUUACCAUCUACAGCUAAAAGAGAAGAACAUGCUGUGGGAACCAUAAUUGUAACAACAUCAGCAGCUACAAGCAUUAUACGCAAGCCCACUAUGCUGCCAACAACUGCCAAAACAGAUUCAACUCCCAAACCCAGGGAGAUUGUGACAACAACUAAAAGAGACACAACUAUGGAAACUACACCGGCUGUACCAGCAGUUGCUGAGUGCAUCAUUCCCUCUAAAGAGACAACAGCUGGUGAAAAAGAGUUGACCACCCUUGCGAAGGAAACUAGCUAUACUACUGAAAAAGAAACAGAAGAUGCCCCUGGAAAGUCCCCUACCCUUGACAAGAAAGAAGAAACUACAGUGAUCAGAGGUAGAACAACAACAGAUAAAAAAGACACAAUAGAAGAAAUGUUUCUUGUUCCUAGAGGGACAUCCAAGCCAGCUAUACGCUUCCAGGAGAUUACUGACACACAUGAUGAGCCCUCUCCACCCAGCCCUAAAACCAUGCCAGUAGAAGAGCCUGAGAUAAACAAGCCUUUAAUACAAACUGCAGACUUGCCAGUUUUAUCUGGAGGAGCAGAAAUGGGGAAGGCCAAUGAGAAGGACCUGUGCAGUGGGAAGCCAGCAGAUAGCAUGGUCGCCCUGCCCAAUGGAACCCUGGCCGUCUUCAGAGGUCACUACUACUGGCUGCUGAAUGGCAGGACACCACCAACAACCAGUCCCCAGAGGAUCAGUGUAGGCUGGGGCAUCCCGUCCCCCAUUGAUGCUGUCUUCUCCAGAUGCAACUGUGAUGGCAAGACCUUCUUCAUCAAGGGUCCUCUAUACUGGCGUUUCACUAAUGGUGUAAUGGAUAAAGGCUAUCCCAAACCUCUCACAAAUGGAUUUGCAGGGCUAAGUGGGAAAAUAAGGGCAGCCCUCCCAGUGGCAAGUUACAAUGGCAGACCAGAAUCUGUUUAUUUUAUCAAAAGAGAUGGCAACAUGCAACAGUACGUAUACAGGCAAGAACCAGCCAGGAAGUGCCAACGGAAAGCACGCAUUACUAUAAGAUACCCAGCUUUUGUCCCAAGACUUGUAAUAAGGAGACGCUUUCAACGUGCAGUAGGAAUGCCAACAGUUAUUCAGACUGUCAGAAUCAAUCCAUACCAAUCUGGAGUUUUGCGCAAGGAAAUUAAAGUGACUGCCUACUGGAGAGGGCUCCCCAAAGUAGUUCAUUCAACGAUCUCAGUACCCAACUACAAUAAACCAGAUGGCUACGAUUAUUAUGCCUUCUCUUACAAUCGGUACUACAGUCUGGAUGUGGGCAAAAGAAUAGCAAGACCUGUAACUGCUCUCACAGGAAAGACUGUAUCUAAAGACUGGUACAACUGUCCUGAAAAGUGA